AUGGGUUGUGUACAAGUCUUAUUCUGUCUCUCUAUAUUAGUCGGUACUCAUUUAAUUCAUGGCAAAGAAUUAUGCACUAUUACGGACAAUGAAUGUGUAACAAAGGAGGCUCAAAAAGCUUUUAAUGUUUUCGUACCUGGUAUUAAAGGUUUGAUUGAUCCUAGCGAUCCGUUGUACCUGAAACAGGUUGAUGGAGUUGUACCAAUACCAUAUCGACUAUCUAAUCUAACACUCACUGGACUACAACAAUGUCAUAUUACUAAGUUAAGAAUAAAUAGUAAAGAUUUGACGUAUCAAUAUGACUUGCAAUGUCCUCAUUUGCUUUUAAAUUAUCACCAUAAAGUUAAAGGACUUUUGGAUACAGUGGAAAUCGAUACCGAUGGUUUGGCUACGAUCACUUUUGAUGAUUAUAUUUUUAAAAUUAAUGGCAAAUAUGGGAGAUUAGUCAGCGAGAAAGACCAACAGCUUCACUUUUACUUGAACGGUUUUACUUUGGAAACGGAACCGAGAGGAAAUGUUAUAUGUAACAGUCUUAGCCCGCUUCAUAGUGAUAAAAGGAAAUCUGACAUAGCUAGAAUUUAUAUCAAUGAACACAGUAAGGACAUUGAAAAAUUCUUAAAAUCCCCAACAAUGGAAAAAUUUAUGGAAAAAUAUCUUGGAAACCUCGAUCUUUACUUGAGAAACUUUCUCUUUGAAGUUCAAUAUCCAGAAACCAAUACUGUUUAA